GACGUCAUGGCUGCAGAUGCGGACGGACAGGGCAGGAACCAGGCGGCAGACACGGAACUCAACAAGAGACAGCGCACAUCCUAACAGCUUCAUAUUACUCCAGUAGUGGAAAAACCCGUCCGACAAUCAUGGGCAACGUGCAGCCCACCAUUAUCCCAUAUGAGGACUUUGACGUUACAGCAGACAUCAAGGGCAUCAGAAAAGCAUGUAAAGGCUUAGGCACAGAUGAGGAGCCCAUUAUUCAGAUCCUGGCUAAUCGUUCUGCAGCCCAGCGCUUGGAGAUCAAGCAGGCCUACUUUGAAAAAUACGAUGACGAGCUGGAGGAGGUCCUGAAAAAGGAGCUGUCGGGCAGUUUUGAGAACGCCAUCAUGGCCAUGUUGGACCCGCCACAUGUUUUCUUUGCCAAGCAGCUGAUGAAGGCAGUGAAAGGGGCUGGGACAGACGAAGCCAUCUUGGUCGAGAUUUUGUGUGCAGCAACCAGUGAGGAUAUCAUGAGCUACAAGGAGGCAUAUGUCCAGGUUUACGAGCGUGACCUGGAGGCUGACAUUGAGGAUGACACCAGUGGAGACGUGAGGAACCUGCUGGUUUCGCUGCUGCAGGCGAGCAGAGAUGAGGGCUACGAGGUGGAUGAGGCUGUAGCAGAACAAGAUGCCAUAACUUUGUUUGAGGCUGGAGAAGGCAGGUUUGGCACAGAUGAAUCAACCUUCAGCUACGUCCUGUCUCACAGAAACUACAUGCAGCUUCAGGCCACCUUCAAAGCAUACGAGUCGCUUUCAGGAACAGACAUCUUGGACACUAUUGAUGCUGAGGCCACAGGAACUCUGAAGGACUGCUACAUCACUCUAGUGAGAUGUGCUAAGAACCCACAGCUUUAUUAUGCCCGACGUCUUAAUGCUGCUAUGAAGGGACUGGGAACUGAUGAGGACACGCUCAUUCGCAUCAUUGUUGGCCGCUCUGAGAUUGACCUGGGGACUGUGAAGGAUAUGUACCUGGAAAAGUAUGACGUAACCCUGAAAGAUGCUCUGGAUUCUGAGUGCGGUGGAGACUUCAAGCGCCUUCUGAUUGAGAUCCUGCACUGAAACAUUUAACCUCAUCACUAAUGGCCUUACUCAAACACUACUCAGACAAACGCACUGAUCAACCCGUCUCACUCCAGUUAACAGUUUAUACAUUUAUUGGCCAUACGUUUCUGUACUUGUCCUUUUUCCUGUCUCUCACUCUUAAAGACAUGCAGUUCUCUUUGCAGCACCGACCAAAAACCAAGUCGUCAUAAUACGACAGUGUCUGACACAUUAUAAACGAGUGCAAAUGUAGAUGUAUUAGCAAUCUUAUAAAGAAAACACGCAGCUAAACCUUGUACAUCCAGACGUGUAUCCAUAGAGUGAUUGUGCACUUAUUUAUUCACACUGAGCAGCAUUUUGUUUUUCAGUUGCAGUCCAAAAUUUCAAGUGCACCUCCUAAUAAAAUGCUCAUCCUCUGUUUAUUCAUGUCAGCCUUCAUCCUCACUUGAUGUUUUUCCUUUCUCUAGUCAGUCAACACUAAAGUGCCGAAUUGUUACAUUUUAUGUCUAGUAUCUGAAGACACAAGAUCAUUAAUAAUGCACAACCGUAUAAAGACUCCAAUAUCAAAAUUUAAAAUGGUUUGAUACAUAUUUUUUGUUUGUUUUGCAGUUCCAUAAAUGAGUUUUGGAGGUUUUUAACUGUUUGUAGUCUUGAAAAUCUUUUUAAUCACAGCUAUAAACCUGCCGUGAUCUCACAUCUACACACAUUACUUGUCUUGUUGGUAUUCACUUCUCCAAAGUAUUACAGGUCAAAGCCAUUAACUAAUUAAACCCUGAAUAAUCUACAAUUAGAUUGUUCUUCCUAUUGCUUUAUGAAGUUGUAGCUAAAUUAAAUUCUCCUUAAACUAAUACUGUGUAUCAAGUUGGUGUGUUUAAAAUGUAUAAAGGAAGUUAACAUGCUGUAACUACAUAUGUAUACUGUAUGGUGAUAAAUUAUUAUUCAAUCAGU